CACGACACACAACUCUGUGACCUUGAGCUCCUGACUUCGCUACACAGGGAGGGCGGACCAGCGAAGGAUUAGCUCUUUUGCGAUUAAGGCUGUUGUGAUCUGCUUGAUUGACCUCAACAGAGCCGUCAUCGUCGAUAUUCACACUAAAUGGCAUCCGCUUUGUUACGGCUCAGAUCAGCAGCAGCGUUUAGAAAUUUUCAAUUUUAUUUUAGAGCAAUGUCCACGUCGUACUUGAUUGACGAACCCAAAUAUUCCUUCCUCAAGGAAUUAGGAUUGGACAAAGUCAAUGUUGGUGUUUAUGAUGGCAAGUGGAAGGCAUCAGGCAAGACUGUGACCUCAAUUUGUCCUGCGAAUGGGCGUCCCAUUGCUGAAGUGCAGACGGGUUCUGUCGAGGACUACGACCGCUGUGUCCAGGCUGCCCAAGAGGCUUGGCAAACGUGGGCUGACAUUCCAGCACCAAAGAGGGGUGAAAUCGUUCGCCAAAUUGGGGAUGCACUGAGGGCAAAGCUCCAGCCUCUUGGCCAACUAGUUUCCCUGGAAAUGGGUAAAAUUUUGCCUGAGGGAGUUGGAGAGGUCCAAGAAUACAUCGACAUCUGCGAUUACGCUGUUGGAUUGUCCAGAAUGCUGGAGGGACGUGUUCUUCCUUCAGAAAGGCCUGGGCAUGCUCUUCUCGAAAAGUGGAACCCUCUUGGCGUUGUGGGAGUUAUUUCUGCUUUCAACUUCCCAAUUGCUGUGUAUGGCUGGAACAGUGCUAUUGCUAUGGUGUGCGGAGAUGUUCUGCUAUGGAAGGGCGCUGAAACAACGCCGCUUGUCUCGGUUGCAACCACCAAGGUUAUCGAGGAGGUGCUUGUGAGGAACAACAUUCCAGGCGCUGUUUGUGCCCUGUGCACUGGAGGUGCUGACGUUGGAAAGGCUAUGUCGCAAGAUGAGAGAGUGCCGUUGGUCUCUUUCACCGGCAGCACCAAAAUUGGGCAAACUGUUGCUCUUGAAGUGCAAAAGAGAUUUGGUAAGCACCUUCUUGAACUUGGAGGCAACAACGCCCUGCUGGUCAACGAAGAUGCUGACCUGGAUAUGGUCUCGAGAGCCAUAAUAUUUGCCUGCGCUGGAACUGCUGGACAAAGAUGCACCACCACCAGGAGACUGAUUUUGCAUGAAAAGGUGUAUGAUGAAGUUUUGGCUCGUCUGAAAAAAGGAUAUGAGCAAAUUAUCAACCGAGUUGGAGACCCUUUGGACAGUGGUAUACUCUACGGGCCAAUGCACAGCGAGUUGGGAGUUGAGCAAUUCAAAAAGGCUCUUACUGCAGCGGUAGAGCAAGGCGGAAAAAUUGAAUUUGGUGGAAAAGUCAUCAACAGGCCUGGUUACUUUGUUGAGCCAACCAUCAUCACUGGAAUUGCACAUAUUGCCCCAAUUGUGCAAGAUGAAACUUUCGCCCCCAUCGUAUACGUGCUCAAGUGCUCCAGCAUUGAUGAGGCCAUCCUGUGGAACAAUGAAGUCAAGCAGGGACUUUCCUCCAGCAUAUUCACUAAAGAUUUGGGACUGAUUUUCAAGUGGAUUGGCCCGAAAGGCUCCGACUGUGGAAUCAUCAACGUGAACAUUCCGACCAACGGGGCCGAAAUUGGCGGAGCAUUUGGUGGUGAAAAGCACACUGGAGGUGGAAGGGAGUCAGGCACUGAUUCAUGGAAGCAGUACAUGCGCCGCUCAACCAUCACAAUCAACUACUCUAAGGAAUUGCCUCUUGCUCAAGGAAUCAAAUUUGAAUAAUGCUAAAUUGCAAAAAUGCUGCAUCAAAUGCGUCAAGUCCGCUUUACAUACCAUCCAAGUAAGAAACUUAUUUGCUUAAAAAUUGGAACAUGAUGUAAACUGUGUUCUGCACUUUGACAUCUAACUGACUACCUUUUAAAAGCCAUCUAUUUUUAUACAGUUCAUUUUUGGUGUCAUAGGCUGAAACAGUGCCAUAUUUUUAUUCAUAAAAUUAUUUUUUGAUUCAUGGUUAAAUUAACACGUCUGUCUACUGUUGUCUACUUGAUAUAAAAAUGCUAAAGAUUGAACAAUAUAUUUCAAAAUAAAUGCGAGGUUUACAAACUAAUAUAGGAUUGAAAUUUCUAAUAUUCUAAACACCAAAGUCAGCAUCUGAAAUUUUUAGAUAUGGUCCAGGUUGGGUAGCUGAAAUUUGAUUGCUAAACUAACUUUUGAAAAACUAUGAUGAUGUGUUCAUUCAAGUGUCAUUGUGAAAUAAAAGUAUUUGGAUUUUUGUAAA